GGCAUGGACAAACACCACUAACAUAACCAGUUUCCGGACGAAGAUCACCAAUCAGCAUCUGAGAUGGCUCGCGGAGAGGAUGUACAGAUAAACAAGGCGAGGCGUGCAUACAGGAGUGCCAAAGAGGAAGGGAAUCGACAGGAAGAAGCGAGGUGGGCAAAUGUAAUCGGAGAUAUUCUGAAGAAUAGAGGAGAGUAUGUGGAGGCACUCAAGUGGUUUCGAAUCGACUAUGAUAUUUCGAACAAGUAUUUGCCUGAAAAACAGUUGCUCCCCACUUGUCAGUCCCUUGGUGAAGUUUAUCUAAGGUUGGUACACUACAAGGACGCCUUGAUUUAUCAGAAAAAGCAUUUGGAACUUGCCAAGGAUGCCAAUGAUCUUGUUGAACAGCAAAGAGCCAGCACACAACUUGGGCGUACUUACCAUGAAAUGUUUCUGAAAUCUGAUGAUGACCAUUACUCGAUUCGGAAUGCGAAAAAGUAUUUCAAGUCUGCCAUGAAGCUUGCUCAGACUCUGAAGGAAACCCCCCCUAAUAAUAAGUCUUCUUUUCUCAAAGAGUAUAUUGAUGCCCAUAAUAAUAUAGGAAUGCUUGAAGUGGACCUUGAUAACUUGGAUGAAGCAUUGAAAUUUCUCACUAAAGGUUUGGAGAUAUGUGAUGAAGAGGAAGUCAUUGAGGAUGAUGAUGCACGUAGUAGGCUUCAUCACAAUCUAGGAAAUGCUUAUAUGGAGUUGAGGAGGUGGGACAAAGCACGUGAACAUAUUGAAAACGACAUAAUGAUUUGUAAGAGAAUUGAGCACCUCCAAGGAGAGGCAAAAGGGUACAUUAAUCUUGGUGAGUUGCAUUAUAGGGUUCAAAAGUAUGAUGACGCAAUGCUUUGCUACCAGAAGGCAUUUGAUUUGGCAAAAUCUAUGGAAGAUGAGGAUGCUUUAGCAGCUCAAAUUGAUCAAAAUAUUCAGACAGUAAAGGAAGCUAUAAAUGUAAUGAAUGAAAUGAAAAAUGAAGAACAAACUCUCAAGAAGCUGCAAAGAAACAUGGUUAUUGCGAAAGAAACACCUCAUGAGCGUAAGUUUCUUCUUCAACAGCAUUCAAGUCUUGAUCGUCUGAUUGAGAAAUCAGCCAUGAUCUUUGCAUGGCUGAAGCAUCGUGAAUUUGCAAAAAGGAAGAAGCGUAUAGCAAGUGAACUAUGUGACAAAGAAAAGCUUACUGAUGCAUUUUUAGUUGUUGGAGAAUCAUAUCAGAAGCUUAGGGACUUCAGCAAAGCCAUUAAAUGGUACAAAAAAAGUUGGGAAGGAUACAAGGCAAUAAAAAAUUUGGAGAGAUUGCUCACCUGGAGUGAACUUGCAUUUCUGAGCACCAUCUUUCAUGUUGGGAAGAUUGCUGCUGAAGCUAAACUUACUUCCAUUCAGCUUUCUGCACUCGAGAAUAUGCACUAUAGCCACAUGAUAAGAUUUGAUAAUGUUGAAGAGGCCAGGAGGUUGCAACUUGAAAUUGACAAAUUGAAGCAGUCAAAAGUUGAGGAGCUUGAUGCAAAAUACAUUGCAACAGAUUUCUGCUCUGAAACAGACACAGAAGGGGAUGAUCAUUUCUCAGAUGACAUGCCUAAUACAUACUUGGAGGCUUUGUGUAGUUCCAGUUCUAAAAGUUCAACGCCUUUAGCAGCUAGUGGAGAGUCAAAUGAUGAUUUACCUCUAAUUUCACUCAUCAAACCCCGAAAAAGAUCAUGCAAAAGUAAAACAGCUCACACAGUAAAUAAAAAUAUUUCUAUGGAACUGGAUGACACUCUUCCGGAAGGUUUGCCUAAACCAACAAGUAAUCAGAAAACAGUUGUUAGACAUAAACGUGUUCGUCUAUUCCUUUCAGAUGAUGAAGGUGAUUUACUUGAUGAUGCAAGAAGAUUGCAUAAAUGCUCAGUUGAAGUUGCUGUUUCAGAUGAAUUUACGAGGAAAAAUAUUUCAGCAAGUUCUGAAAAUAAAUUACAGGAUACAUUACCUGUUGCUUCCAGAAGUCCCAGCAGGUCCUGCAAUCUCGUCAAUAUUGAAGAAAGCACCCGUUCAUACAAAUCCCCCAGAACUGUUUCAAAUGGAAAAGUUAUCAGAUCUCUGAGCGAUGCUGAUGUCGUUAUUGGUUCCAGUUAUGCUGAUAGCACUUUGAAAUGUGACAUCAAUGCUUCUGAAAACUUAUUGCAUGGACAUGAUUCUCCUUAUCAUAAAUUGCAUGCUACUGAUAAUGAGUUUGAUGGUUGCAUAGCAUUCAAAAUAGAUGACAACAUAAUAAAUGUGUCAGUGAGCUCAUUUGUGGAUGGGGAAAAUAUAUGCAUUGAGUCUUUGAAGGUUGAACUAGCUUGUUUAUACUAUUUGCAGCUUCCUGCAGAGAAGAGUUCCAAAGGUCUGUUGCCUAUCAUUCAAAACAUGGAAUGUGGCGGAAGACCUCUAGAAUCCUUUGAAAACUUUGAUUCUCUUAAGAAUCAUCUGAGGAAGGUUCCGGUUGAUGUGCUGACCAGUGGGUGGGUCCAAAAGCACUUGGUGAAGCUGUAUAUUAACAGCUGCAAAGAAUUACACGAGACACCGAGUAUGAAGUUGCUUAGAAAAUUGUAUGUUUCUGAGAUAGAGGAUGAAGUCAACGCGUCUGAUUGUGGACUGCUAGAUAUAUCAGUAAUUCCAUUGUUGAAUGCCUUGCAUACACACACAGGGGUUGCAAUGCUAGAUCUUUCUCACAACGCGUUAGGAAAUGGAACAAUGGAGAAACUCCAGCAGUUUUUUUCAUCAUCGAACCAAACAUAUGGUGAUUUGACUUUAGACUUGCAUUGCAAUAGAUUUGGUUCAACUGCUUUAUUCCAGAUUUGUGAGUGCCCUGUGCUGUUCACGCGACUUGAAGUGCUUAAUAUCUCUUGUAAUCGUCUCACUGAUGCAUGUGGAUCAUAUCUUUUAACCAUCAUAGAAAAGUGCAGAGCCCUGUAUAGCUUGAAUGUAGAGAGGUGCUCCAUUACUUCUAGAACAGUUCAAAAGGUUGCUGAUGCACUAGAUACUGAUUCUGUACUAUCACAACUUUUUAUUGGGCAUAACAAUCCUGUAUCUGGGAAUGCGAUAAGUUCUUUAUUGGGCAAACUUGCUACUUUGAAGAGGUUUUCAGAACUUAGUCUAAAUGGCUUAAAACUAAACAAGACUGUUGUUGAUGGCCUUUGUCACCUAGCUAAAACCUCAUGUUUAUCACGACUGAUGCUUGAGGGCACUGGUAUAGGAACUGAUGGAGCACUUGGAUUGACUCACUUGUUAUUAAGUUCGAUUGAGGAGCCUUUGAAACUUGAUUUGUCUUUUUGUGGAGUAACAUGUACUUACAUUUCUGAACUUAACACUAAUGUUAUGUUCAUUAGUGGCAUUCUUGAGUUGAAUCUUCAAGGAAAUCCCAUUAUGCAAGAGGGUGGCAAUGCAUUAGCAUCACUGCUUAUGAACCCUCAAUGUUGUCUAAAAGUUCUGAACCUGAACAAGUGUCAACUGGGGAUGGCUGGGAUUCUUCAAAUAGUUCAGGCACUGGCAGAGAAUGAAUCUCUGGAGGAGCUCAAUCUUGCUCAUAAUGCUGAUAUGGAUAAACAGUUGGUUAUAAAAUAUGACAAACCAACAAACAUGAGUUCGGAAUCCUUACAGCCAAACCAAGCAGUUUCUGAUGGUGAAAUUGACACCAACUGCGAUAUGCUUGAAGUCACUGAUAGCAAAGAUGACGAGACAAAGGGAGAAACUGCUGCAUCGUGCCAAAGAAACUCAACUCUAGAGUGCAACCUCAUUCAAGGGCUUUCUGUUGCCAUCGGAACAUCUAAACGGUUGCAGUUGUUAGAUCUUAGUGAUAAUGGGUUAUCAAUUCAAGAUUCAAAAGCUUUGUAUAAUGCUUGGUCAUCAGGUUCAAGGGCUGGUUCAUCUUGGCGACACAUCGAGGAUCAGAUAGUCCAUUUUUCUGUGGAAGGAAACAAGUGUUGCAGACUCAAACCCUGCUGCAGAAAGGAUUGAAUUUCUCUUUUAAUUCUGGAACUUUAACAUUUGCAUGUCACCUUUAUAGUAACAACUGCUCAUCAUUGUAGCUACACAUUAUAGUUUGCUAUAUAAAUCGUUAUUAGCCUCA